AUGGACAGUGCGGGGUAUCAGGACAAGGACAAGUCAAGAGCCAGCGAUGUGCCGUCAGCAACGUUUGAUGAGAAACCGGGCGAUCGGUCGUCGUUGUCAUCGAGGGAGUCGAUAAGUCAGCAGCAGGAUGUGGAUGCGAUACGCGGGAAAGAAGAGCUUGUGGCGGAUUUGAAUGAGGGCGAGAGAGAGGCGGUGGGCGAGGGAGAUUUCGAGUUGGAGCAGGUUAAGAGCAAGCAGCCGAGUGUGAGGGAUGCGGCGAGUAUUCCGAAUGGGGGGCUGUGGGCUUGGUUGCAAGUGCUGGGUGCUUUCUUUCUGUUUUUUAAUAGUUGGGGCAUAAUCAACACAUUCGGCUCCUACCAAACCUAUUACGAAACAAAUCUCCUCACAUCCUCGAACCCCUCUGCGAUCUCCUGGAUCGGUUCCAUCCAAGCCUUUCUGUUGCUCCUCGUCGGAGCUCUCACCGGCCCUCUAUACGACCGCGGCUACUUCCGUGCGCUCCUCAUCGUCGGCACCAUCCUCCUCGUACUCGGGCAGAUGAUGCUUUCCCUCUGCAAAGAGUACUACCAAGUCCUCCUCGCGCAGGCUUUUUGCAUCGGCGUCGGCUGCGGCUGCUUGUUUAUUCCCUCCGUCGCCAUCCUAUCCACUUACUUCUCCACACGGAUUGGCGCGGCGGUGGGUAUUGCGGCGAGUGGGAGUUCCCUUGGCGGCGUCAUCUACCCUAUCAUGUUCCACAAGCUCCUGCCUGGAGUAGGUUUCGCCUGGACGACGCGCAUCAUCGGCUUCAUGAUUCUAGGAACGAUGACUCUCCCGAACGUCUGCAUGCGUGUGCGCGUGCUCCCUGCGAAGACGCGCUCUCUGCUCGACCUCCGCGCGUUCUGCAUCCCUGCGUACAGCCUCAUGUGCUUUGGCUUCUUCGUCGGCUUCAUGGGGCUGUAUAUGCCGUUUUUCUACGCGCAGGUCUACGCUAUCCAAGACCAGAUUACGAAUGAGGACCUCGCCUUCUAUCUCCUGCCCAUUAUGAACAGCACUUCAGUCUUCGGCCGGAUUAUUCCGAACUUCAUCGCGGAUAAGCUGGGGCCUUUUAAUGUCGUCAUUCCGUGUACGGUCAUCACCGGCAUUCUCUGUUUCUGCUUUAUUGUAUCCACUACCUCCGCUGGUAUCAUCGUCCUCAUUGGUUUCUACGGCUUCUUCUCGGGUACUUUUGUCUCGCUGCCUCCGACCAUUAUCGUGCAUCUGAGCUUGAACGCAAGGGACAAAAUUGGCACGCGGUUGGGCCAGAGCUUUGCUUGUGUAGCGGUCGGUCUGCUCAUAGGGACUCCCAUCGGCGGAGCUAUCCUGGAUGCGCACGGGUUCGAUGAUAUUUGGCGGAGCGAUUCUGGCCGCCGCGAGGGUGUUUUAUAA